GCAGGAGCUACAACCAACAAGAAGGAACAUGGUUCUGAGAGCAUUUACUGUCUGAGCACCCGGGCUCCACCAGGCACCUACCUUUCGGGUAAUCAUGGGAGGACGGAAGAUGCCAAGAGAUGAAGAAAAUGCCUAUGUGGGACGGAAUCAGAGAAAAUAAGACAGAGGCUCCUGAAAUUGUCAAUGCGGACCAGCUUUGCACAGCCUGGAUGACAGAUCAUAUCAGACGAAGUAAUGGCGUGUAUUACAAAGGCAUCCUCUAGAGAAACGUUCAGCAGCUGCUGGAGCACCUACAGGUGCACGUGUGACGCCAAAGACAGGAGAAAUAGACGGGUAGAGACCCCCUUGGAGUGCCCAAAUCUCACACCAGGUCACUCAGUAAAGGUCUGACCCCAAACACAACCGUGGAAGCGCUCUGUUCUCCUUCGCUCGCAAGGCGUCCAGGAGACCUGGGGACCGGGACAUGUCGCUCUCAGGUUCCGAAGCUUACAGACCACCGGUGCCCACAGGUUUCCAGUUCAGGUCCGCCCCGCAGGAGCGCAGGCUGCGCCUCCUCCUGGUUGGGAGGUCGGGGACCGGGAAGAGCGCCACGGGCAACAGCAUCCUCCAGCGGAAGCACUUCCUCUCCAGGCUCGCGGCCACGGCGGUGACCCAGGCCUGUGCCACGGGGAGCUGCCGCUGGGCCUCGUGGGACGUGGAAAUCCUCGACACCCCCGACCUCUUCAGCCCCGAGGUCGCCCAGGCAGACCCGGGCUUUGAGGAGAGAGCCCGCUGCUACCUGCUGUCGGCCCCGGGGCCCCACGCCGUGCUCCUGGUGACCCAGCUCGGCCGCUUCACCGCCCAGGACCUGCGGGCCUGGCGCGGGGUGAAGGCGCUCUUCGGGGCGGGCAUCGCGGCGCGCGCCGUCGUGGUCUUCACCCGCAGGGAGGACCUGGCGCGGGGCUCGCUGCAGCAGUACGUGCGCGACACGGACAACCGCGCCCUCCGGGAGCUGGUGGCCGAGUGCGGGGGCCGCUGCUGCGCCUUCGACAACCGAGCGGCCGACGGGGAGCGCGAGGCGCAGGUCGGCGAGCUGAUGGGGCUGGUGGAGGAGCUGGUGCGGGACCACGGCGGGGCCCCCUACACCAACGACGUGUACCGCCUGGUGCAGACCCUGGGCGGGCUGAGCCCCGAGGAGAGGCUGCGCAGGGUGGCGGAGCGACUGGCCGCCCGCGCGCCGACGUGGCCGGGGCGGGGGCCUCUGGCCGGGCUGUGGCGGUGGCCCAAGGCGGCGCCGGGGACCCGGUGUAAGCUGGGCCUGGCCGCCCUGCUGGGCGCCCUGUUCCUGCUGUACCUGCUCUGCAGGCGCCGGCCCGAGGCCGUGACGGUGUGACCUUCAGUCUCGCAGGUCACCUGGCAAGAAAGGACCUGAACACUUGGAUCUGAAGGGGGAUUUCAAAGGAAUCAGAGUUUUCAGAAAUUUCAUGUUUACCCCAGCACAUAAUUUUUAAAUAAAGUUGUACCACUUCAAAACA